AUGGCUGUGAAGAUGCCCUUCACCAAGGCCUUCCUGCUCCUCUCCCUGGUCCUCUUCCUGUACUUCCACAGCAGCUCCCCCCAAGAGGCCCCCACCUCCGGCAAGGAGGGUCCUGACUCCGGCCAGAAGGGCCCCGACUCGGACCUGUCGUUCGAGGACGAGGAGUACGAGGACGAGGAGUACGAGGUCGAGGAGUAUGAGGACCCCAGAUUCUUCACCUACCUCCUGGACCAGCUGCUGGACGGCUAUGACAAGAGGCUGUACCCCACCUUCGCGAGUGGGAAGCCCACCGUGGUGGAGACGGACAUUUACGUGAACAGCUUCGGCCCGGUGUUCGACGCGAGCAUGGAGUACAGCCUGGACAUGUUCUUCCGCCAAAGCUGGAAGGACCCUCGGCUCCGCUUCAGGGGCCCCAUGAAGCGCCUGACCUUCAGCAGCAAGGUGGUGGACAGGGUCUGGACCCCCGACGUGUACUUCCACAACAGCCGGAAGGCCUCCCUGCAGGGCGAGGCCACGCCCAACCGGCUGCUGCGGCUGGAGCAGGACGGCACGCUGGUCUACACCAUGCGGGUGAGCCUCACCGCGGACUGCAACCUGAAGUUCCAGGACUACCCCAUGGACGUCCACACCUGCCCCCUGAUCUUCAGCAGCUACGGGCAUCCGACCGACGAAGUCAACUUCGUGUGGACCAACAAGCCGCACGAGCCCGGGCUGGCCGUGGCCAAGGACGCCGCCCAGAUGUCCCAGUACAUCCUGACGGGCAACUGGACCAACCGGACCGAGAGCGAGCGGGCCUACGGCAACGUCUCGGUGAUGACGGCGAACUUCCAGCUGGCGAGGGGCCUGCACUCCUUCCUCCUGCAGAACUACGGGCCGGCCAUCAUCACCGUGGCCGCGUCCCAGCUGACCUUCUGGCUGAACCGCGAGUCCAUCCCGGCCCGCACCAUGUGCGGUGUGACCACCAUGCUGAUCAUGUCCGGCCUGUGCAUGAUGGCCCGCUCCGCACUGCCCAACGUGCCCUACGCCACCUCCCUGGACUGGUUCAUGAGCGUGUCCCUCGGCUUCGUCCUCAUGGCCGUCCUGAUGUUCGCCGCCGUCACCCACUUCACCAAGCGGACCUGGCCGCAGGAGCCCCAGCUGUACCGGGAGCAGGACGUGGAGUCCCAGCAGGCCAGGCUCUACAACAGCGUCAGUGAGAUCGACAUCGUGUGCCGCAUGCUCUUCCCUCUCGCCUACCUCUUCUACAACAUCCACUACUGGUGCGCUAACAUGCGGGUGGAGAAUCAGUAG